GACUGUAAUAGUUGCGCCACGGAUGAAAUCGUAAAUCUGAUGUGGGACUUCCUGAUCAGGAAGUGCUUCUCACAACUACUAGAAAACGUAAUUUAUCUCAUUUAUACCCAAUAUCUACACUUCGCAGUGUAGCCGUCCCACCUUGAACCUUAUUUCGGCCUUGGUGUUGCGUAGUGCUGACCAGAAGAGGGACUGACUUAAAGUUAGCAGGGCUCUGUUGUGCUCUAACGUUAACCAUGUCCGCUUCUGCUGGAUGCUCCCCAUCGGGCCAGAACUCAGGCCUCGGCCCUGGCAUGUCCAUGUUUCGAUGGCUGGAAGUUCUGGAGAAGGAAUUUGAUAAGGCCUUCGUGGACGUGGACCUACUGCUCGGAGAAAUAGACCCAGAUCAAGUUGAUAUUACGUACGAGGGGCGGCAGAAGAUGACCAGUUUAAGCUCCUGUUUCGCUCAGCUCUGUCACAAAACCCAGACGGUUUUCCAGCUCAAUCACAAACUGGAGGCUCAGUUGGUGGACCUGCGUUCUGAGUUGACUGAGGCUAAAGCUGAGCGGGCAGUGGCUGAGAGAGAGGUCCAUGACCUGCUCCUGCAGCUCCACGCACUCCAGCUUCAGUUUCAUGUCAAGCAAGGCCAAGCUGAGGACUCUGACACCAUUAAAGAUAGACUGCCUGCACCUACAUUGGAAGAUGUGGAGCAGGAGCUGGAGGCCAGUAAGAAGGAGAAAUUAGCAGAAGCAAGACUGGAUACAGAAGUGAGACUAUAUAAGAAAGAAAAUGAGGCCCUUCGCAGGCACAUGGCAGUCCUCCAGGCAGAAGUGUAUGGGGCCAGACUGGCUGCCAAAUACUUGGACAAGGAACUGGCUGGCAGGGUUCAGCAGAUCCAGUUGCUGGGUCGUGAUAUGAAGGGGCCCGCACACGACAAGCUGUGGAAUCAACUGGAGGCAGAGAUUCACCUUCACCGCCAUAAGACCGUCAUCCGAGCAUGUAGAGGUCGCAGUGACCCUAAGAAACCUAUUCCUUCUCCUGUGGGACAUGACCCAGACAUGUUGAAGAAAACCCAGGGUGUAGGCCCUAUCAGAAAGGUAUCGCUGGUCAAGGAAGAUCAUGAAGGCCUAGGAAUCUCCAUUACGGGUGGUAAGGAGCAUGGCGUCCCGAUCCUGAUUUCAGAGAUCCAUCCUGGCCAGCCAGCAGACAGAUGUGGAGGUCUGCAUGUUGGAGAUGCCAUCCUUGCUGUCAACAGUAUUAAUUUGCGAGAUGCCAAACACAAGGAGGCUGUAACCAUUCUCUCACAGCAGCGGGGACAGAUUGAGUUUGAGGUGGUAUACGUGGCUCCAGAGGUCGACAGUGAUGACGAAAAUGUGGAGUAUGAGGAUGACAGCGGUCACCGCUACCGUCUCUACCUGGAUGAACUGGACGAUAGCAGUACUGCACCGCCUAGCAACAGCUCAGCAUCACUUCAGGCUCUGGAGAAGUUGUCCCUGAGCAAUGGACAAGACAGCGGAGAUACUGGGAUCACUGAGACACCUUCUGAGGAAACUCCUUUAAAGCCUCCUCAAGCAGACUGUUCCUCUUAAAAGCUCUACCAUGCCUUUGGAAUUUGGAGACACAAGGAAAGAGCUGAAACAAAUCAUUUAUUGACAAUCCUAGGAACAAGAGAAAAUGAACCGAAAAGCUCCCUUUUCCCUUUUUCCUCAUGGUGGUCUGGAGUGGUAGUAUCUGGGACUUCAGCCUGGUAAUGUGGCAGUGAUUUGGGGGUAAAAGUGAAAGGAGGGGGCCAUGCAGGACAGUGUGUUACUUUAAGAUAUUUUAUUGUAUUAAUGAGAAUCGACAGGCCAACUCUGCAUUAUUUAGAUAUCACCAAGCUGUCACAGAGACACAGUAAACAAUAGAGAGAAGGUAUCUGUCAGGGGGCUGCUUUGUGGGAGACACUUCAAGACUGCUAUGCUUCACUUUGUGUAUUUAUUCAUCUGGUCUUGAGAGGAUUGUGACGGGACUUAUCUUUGUUUUUACUGAGUUUUACAAAAAGUAAAAGAGUAAAUCCACCUUUUUGGAUGUAAGUGUUAAAUGGAAAGCAAGAAAGAACAAGACCAGUCAUGCUCAUUUGAAGAAAAUGUUCAAUAAAAAUAUCUAAAUUGUAAA